AUGAAGACACUAGCCAUUCUGUUCUCGAUCGCUUCGUUCACAUUCGCCCAUCCAAAGCCUACAAAGCCUCUCUCAUGGACGCUUACACCCACAAACAGUACACAACAGUUCCGCGGCCUUUCGCCUGUUGACGAAAAGGUACUGUGGGUGUCCGGUACGUCUGGCACCAUCCUACGUACCUCCAACUCCGGGAGAACGUGGGUCGACGUGUCCCCGCAAUUUGUGUCCGAGAAUGCUUCAGACUUCCAGUUCCGCGAUAUCCAGGCUUUCUCCAAGAAAAAUGCCGUUGCUUUAUCGAUCGGUGAGGGAAACUUGUCACGCAUCUACAAAACGGAUAAUGGAGAAGGCCACGGCGUUGCAAUGAGCGAUCCUGUCGACGGCAAAUUCCGUCUGCUAGAAACGUGGGAUGGUGGUGCGCACUGGUCUAUUGUUUCGAACAAGACGAUGCCGCCAGCGCUGGACGGCGAAUUCGGCUUCGCAGCAAGCGGAACAUGCAUUGAAGCUGCGGCGGGCCGAUGGUACAUCGCAAGUGGCGGCGUGGAUCCUGGAAGAAUUUUCUACACAACUUCCGAUAGCGUCAGUCAUGGCUGGCAGGUCGCGAACUCGUCCAUUUCUGGCGGUGCCGCUGCCGGUGUGUUCUCAGUGCGUUUUCGCGAUACGCGUCACGGUAUCGCAGUCGGUGGAGACUAUGAGCAACCUACAGCCAGCAACAAUACGGCGUCUUGGUCGAACGAUGGCGGCGUGAGCUGGCGAAAGGCUGACUCGUUUCCGCGCGGAUAUAGAUCGGGUGUCAGUUGGGUGCCAGGUAGGAGACAAACAGCCGUUGCAGUUGGAACUAGUGGGUCAGAUGUCACUAUCGACGGAGGGAGGAAUUGGGUUCCUAUCGGUAAUGGAACGUUCGAUGCUGUCGAGUGCGUUGAGAGCGACGUUUGCUGGGCCAGUGGGUCUGGCGGACGGGUUGCAAAACUGGAUCUACGGGGGCUGUGA